GACAACCGAUUGUCCAAGAGUUGUUUAUUGAUGUUUUAUGGUCAUUAAAAAAUCAUGUUGAUAAAUCAGAAUUCGGAAUGGAUUUAUUACAAACUGCAAAUAUGUUUAUGGAAAUGCUUGAACCUUAUUUAAUUUGGAUGAAAUUGUAUGGCCUUCUUGAUAAACUUUCAUCUAAGGACGGGCUAGAUACUGCUGUUAGUAAAAUCGGUUUUGUCUUGGAUUCGAUUAAAUUACAUGAAGAAGAAAUCGAACAAAUUCAUUUGCCAUUGUUUUUGACUGCUCUACUUUGUAAACUUCAAGUAAUUAAAUUAUACGAAUUAAGUUUUGCGAAUGAUUCAAAAUUGACUGCUUGUAUUCCACAAGUUGAAUCUGCUUUAAAACUAGCAUUAGAUAUUUUCCAAAAAAUUCCAAAUAGUGUCUUUAAUUAUCUUGCUCAUAAAUUAACAACAGAGAAACGGAACUCUACCAUUAGACCAGCGUCACAGGCAGACAAAGUUGAUUCUUCAAAUGAAGAUACUUUAUCCGCAAAAUCAUCUCAAAUGGAUCUGGAUUUCUCUUCUGGAAUGGAUCCUAUGUUGUAUAUUAACAAUUUUUAUUUAAGUGGGAAUGAAAAUAUUGCGAACAAAGAAUCCAGUGGAAUAAGAGGGCGGUCUUUGGUUGAGGAACUAUUAAAAGCCAUACAAGGGUUUUUGAAUUGUAUAAUUACCAAAUAUAUUCUUAUCAAGAGUGAUGAUAAGGUAACUCAGGGAUCAUUCUCUGUAAUAAUGGAUCGUGCUUGCGGACUUUUAAGAGCUGUUUCGAUGAAACUUUACCAUACUGAACGUGAUACUAAAGAGUAUGAAUCAGUGGUAUUGAAAUUAUUUACUGGAGAAUGGGUCAAUUCAUUAUUGAAAUGCUGUUACAUGGUCGAAAACUUUGACAUAAUUGAUUCAGCACUCUCGACCCUUCUCGAUCUUAUAGUCGACUCUAAACAACAAAUUCGAGACAUCGUUGAUACAUUAUGGCGUUUUUUGGGUCCUCGCUCUAAUGUAUUACAUUUGCGAUCUUCUCAGCUUAUUUGGAAGCUUAAAGAUGUAUCUCACGCAAAUUAUGUAGAAGCGGUAAUAUCAGAGUACUUGAUACAAAAGGAAACAUCGGUUAGACUAGCAAAUUUUGAACGGUUUGGAAUUUUUUGGAUGUUGUCUGCGGAAUUUUAUGACACAGACACGGCAUUCUCUCAACAGAUGUUUUUAGUGUUGGAUUCUUUACGUGAUGAAAAUCCUUCAACCCGUCGUGCAGGUGAAACUUGGAUGAGAUGGAAUCGCAAUCAUAAAUCUUAUAUAAGAAUUUUACAACCUAUGGUCAAAAUUUUAUGCGACUCUAAAAUUAUUCGCAAGAAUAAAGAAUUGCAAAUAGAUGAUGGAACAUUUGAAGUUGUUUAUUAUGAGAAACCAUUCAAUCAGGCCCAAGUAGAUUAUGUUUUUGAGACAUUGUCUACGAUGUGUCAAGUUGGAGGGAAAGCAUUCUUAAAUGCAAUACAUACCUCUCUCGUUAAGGCUGAAUUAGUUAAUUCUUGCACCUGGCUUUCUAGAGGCAAUGAGAAUUCAUUGAGCUCUAUGACUUACAGUGAACUCUUUAUUAGAACUGCAUUGUUAUAUAUGGGAUCUGAGGUAUUAGAUACUUCAUCAUCUAUGAAUAUGUUAAAUCAACAUAUCCAUAUGCAUGCUGCUGAAUUUCUUCACCAUUUAGUAAAAAAUUCUGAAUUCGUUAGUAAUGGGAUGGUUUAUUUAGUUUACGAAACUGUCUUGCGCAAAAUACUCUAUUGUAUCUAUGCAAAACAACUAGAUUUACAAGCAAAACUUUUACCAUUAUUGCGUUCAACCAUCUUAAAUCAAUUGAAUGAACAUUUUGCAAAUGGCACCUUCGUUUCAAAUUCACCUUUGACAAAGAAGAUAACGACAGAGCCAUAUUAUUCAAGUUCUCCGACUGGCCAUACUAGCUCUAAUGCGAAAGAAGAAGUUACUAGUGAUUCAAAACAUUUCCGUGUGUUAACACUUCUUUUUGCCAAAGUUCUGACUAUGGCAUUGUCGAAACUUUCAAAUCGGCCUCUUUUACAAGAAUGGAUGGAUCUUAUUGAAAUAUCUAUACCUUAUUUCCGACAAUCAUUCAAUUCUGUAUUGAUGCCAUUGAUCCAAUGUAUAUGUGAACAAUUAAGGCAUUGGAAAACAGAAACACAGGAUCGAUAUGCUUUGAUGAUAAGCAACAGUGAACUUAUCCUUCCAAAUUCAUCAGAAUCUAUUGAUGAAACUGCAAUGUCUGAUUGGGAUAUUAUCACAUUGUUUAAUGGAUUUGAAGAAAUAGUGAAGGAUUGUUUAAAUAAGCAUACAACUGACGAUGGCGAUAUUACACAACACGGAAGUAAAUCUUUUGAUACAACACUUGGUCUUCCUACGUUAACUGGCUAUGUAACUGGCGUGUUCUCAGUCGACUCUGGGGUUAAUGAGACAUCAACAUCAACAUCAGAACAACAAAAGGCGCGAGUAAAAAAUCGAAUCAAGAUUUUGCUGGAAGAGCUUUACAAAAAGGCACAUGCAGAACUCGUUGAAGCCUUUGUCGAACUUUGGUAUAUUGAGAAUCCUGACAUUACUGCUGCUGUUUCUGAG